UGACUUCGGCGUUUCGAAUUUAUAAUUCAUCGAUUCAAUUUACGAGGUUCGAACUUCGCAGCGGUAUUCUUGCGAGAACAGCGGGCGCGCAAGCAGAAUGACUGGAUCCAGUCAAUCAGCCAAGCCACAGCCUGGACUCAGCUCCAACGCCGUGACUUUCGCUGUGCUGACAAAAAAAACAUAAUUUCUUCCCUAUACACCCCCGAAAGCCACCAUGUUGUCCGCGAUCGCUCUUUUCGUGUUGAUCUGUGGGCCCAUGAUUGCUACCUGUGAGUUUCCGCAGGAACCGCGUAUGCAGAGACAGAUGGACGGAACGCCUGCGACUGACCCAGAAAGAGUGCUUGCAAAAAAGAUCAUGCCGUCUGACUCAAAGGCGUACGGGUUCUUCAAAUCUGCGCCAACGUUGCCUCUGAGCCGCGAUGAAGUCCCCCAACAGGUCGGGAUUUCAGACGUUUUCUGGGACGUGGGACGAUUCUUGGACAAAUACCGGGCGUACAUUUCGAACGCCGGCGAAAAGGAUCAAGAGAUUCCAGAAAUCCCAAGCAAUCCUGCCGAUUAUUUGGACACCGGAGGAGAUGAAGGAUCAUUCGUGCAAGCCCGGAGCCGAGUGUAUCAUCCAACGCCGUAUCGAUACAACCUACUGAAAUUCAAACCCGAUGACCCGUCGGAAUACAGUAGCUCUGAGCAGCGGCGCAGGUUCGGGUUCGGACUCGGCAAGAAACGAUGAACAAAUCGAUCCCACGUACAAAUUCUUCAGCUGUGUUGAAAAUUCCAUUCUACAACUCGCUCCCAGGAGACUUGAAUUUCCAUUCCGAAAUUCCGGAAACUGAUCAAACAUCCACUGCUCUGCCUGUUACUUUUGUUUGUUCUCCGUGUUGUAUCAUGGAAUAAAGAUAGCGCUUGGGUAUCAGA